AUGGGAGAGGUCAACUUCAACUUAAUCUGUGACAUCAAGACCAAGACUGAGCCGCUAUAUCUAAAUGUGAAGGCUGACAGUCACACAACAGAAGUCUGCAUACAGUGCCAGGACAACACCGGGACAGUCACAACCCUGUCUACACAGGUGCCCAAUGAGAUUGACCUGGGACAGGUGGAUAUUAAUGACAGUUCCACUCUUCAGUUCCACAUCAUUAAUAAUGGAAGGUUCCCUCUAACUUCUGCUGCACGCUGUCCACACCACGAGCACUGCAGGAGUACCUGAGCCUGACUGCAAGCAGUGGGUGUGUGCCACCUGGAGGACAAGCCCAGACCUCCUUAACCUUCUAUCCC